AGUUUGCCAAGGGGGGGGGUGCGGGGUACCGGGGCCCUGGCAGUUGCGGGGGGGUGAGGCCACGGUCCCCUUUAGCCCCCAGUGCAGACCCCCGCGGUGUUUUCGGCAGCUCAGGGCCCCCAACCCCUUCCUCGGGGCAGGGGGAGCCAUCCCCACGCAGGCUCAGCCCCCCUCCCACCUCCCCGUGAUCCGGGGCACAAACCCACUGAUUGUCCCGAGCAGCCCCCGGGGGGGGUCUGUGUCCAUCAUCUCCCUGUGUCCAUCAUCUCCCCCUCCAUGUCCCUUUGCCCUGCUCCUCCCACGGCAGCACGGGGCAAAGGACGGGCACCCAGGCAGCCGCCCACCUCUGCCCGGGCUUUGUUGUGCUGUGGUUCCUGGGGAGCCAGCACCGCCAUCGGUGAGUGCCGGGGUCUUGGUGCUGCUCGGGGAGUCGGGGGGGGCUGGCAACCCCAGAUCCUCCUGGUCCUCCUUUCACCCCCCCGCCCAGGUCCUGCUCCCCGCUCCUGGGUGUCCCAUCCCAAACCCGCUCCCCGCAGCCUGGGGCAGGGUGAGCGUCUCUGUGUCCCCAUCAGGGGGGAGACAGGAGUCCCCAGCCUGCUUUGCUCCUGCCCUUGUGGAGACUCCCAUGUGGGACCACCCCCCUGGCAUGGCUGCUGCUCCAGCCCUGGGGGAAGCAGGGAAAACCGGGAUGAGACAGGUGCCGGCAGCCCAUGGCGUCCUACCGCAUCCGGCAGUACCGGGAGCAGGACUACGACGCCGUGCGGACCCUCUUCGCCCGCGGCAUCUUGGAGCACGCGCCGGCCGGCUACCGCCACAUCCUGCGCUCGGCGCGGGCGCAGCUGGGGCUGCUGGUCCUCUUCGCAACGGUGCGGGCAGCUGCCGGCUACUGGGUGCUGGGGCUGGCGGCCGUGGCCCUGGCACUGGCGGCCACCUGGCCCGUGGUCCGCUCCUUCAGCACCUCCUACGUGCAAGAUGCGCUGUGCACCGACCUCUGCGACAUCUCCACCAGCUACCUGCGGGCGCCCGACUCCUGCUUCUGGGUGGCGGAGGCUGGGGGGUCCGUGGUGGGCAUGGUGGCCGUGGCACCGGCGCAGGAUCCGGCUGAGAGAGGGGUGGCCCUAGAGCUGAAGAGAAUGUCGGUCAGCAAGGACUACCGGGGCCGGGGCAUCUCCAAAGCGCUCUGCGGGGAGGUGCUGCGCUUCGCCCGGGCGAGGGGCUACGGGGCGGUGGUCCUCUCCACCUCCAUGGUGCAGGUGGCCGCCCAGCGGCUCUACGAGGGCCAGGGCUUCAAGAAGGUGGGCACCUUCAGCCCCUCGCUGCUCGGCAGCCUCCUCUGCUUCCAGAUCUUCCACUACCGCUGCGACCUGCCCGGUGGCACUGCCGCCCCGCCACGCUAGGUGCUGCCACCGCACCCUGACGCCGCCGCGGCACGUCCCACCACAUCCCCGGCGCACAAGGCGCCGGCUGCGUCACCCCUGGCCCCAGCCCGUGCCAUGCCAGCCACCGCCGCGGCACCCCAAACCCUGGCCCCGGCAUGUGGCACCCCCUCAGCCUUGUCACCGCCGUGGCACUCGCAUGGGGUUGGCAGCUGGGGUGGGGGGAGGCCAUGCCUGGCUGGGCUGCCAGGGCCCAUCCCUAGUUUUCUAGAAAUAAAUAUAGCGUCCUGCGGGUGA